AUGCAGGACACCCCGGGGCACCAGGAGUCGGAGCCAGACGUGAAGACCUCGUGUGCCGCGUCCUGCCAUGCGCAGCGCAUCCUGCAGACGCUCAACGCUUACCGGCGGAGCGGCACCCUCACCGACGUGGUGCUGCGCGCUGGAGGCCGCGACUUCCCGUGCCACCGCGCGGCCCUCAGCGCGGCCAGUGCCCACUUCCGCGGCCUGUUCGCGGCCGGCCAUCCCGAGCAUGCAGCGGCUGUGGUCCCGGUAGGGCCCGAGGCGCCCGGGGCAGCGGCCGCACUGGCCGUGGUGCUCGACUACAUGUACGGCGCGGGCGUGCAGCUGCGCGCCGAGGAGGAGGCGACCGCCGUGCUGGCGCUGGCCGAGCGGCUGGGCGUGGCGGGGCUGCGUGAGUCGUGCGCGCGCUUCCUCGAGGGCCGCCUGCGGGCUGCCAACAGCCUGGCGCUGCGCCGCGUGGCCGCCGCCUUCUCGCUCGCCUCCUUGGCCGAGCGCUGCGGCCGUGUGCUGCGCCAGGCCUUCGUGGAGGUGACGCGCCACGCCGACUUCUUGGAGCUCGCGCCCGACGAGGUGGCGGCGCUGCUGGCCGACCCCGCGCUGCGCGUGGCGCGCGAGGAGGCCGUGUUCGAGGCGGCUAUGCGCUGGGUGCGCCACGACGCGCCGGCUCGCCGCGGGCAGCUGCGUCGCCUGCUGGAGCACGUGCGCCUGCCACUGCUGGCACCCGCCUACUUCCUGGAGAAGGUGGAGGCCGAUGAGCUGCUGCAGGCCUGCGGCGACUGCCGUCCGCUGCUGCUUGAGGCCCGCGCCUGCUUCAUCCUAGGCCGGGAGGCAGGAGCGCUGCGGGCCCGGCCGCGGAGAUUCAUGGACCUAGCCGAAGUGAUCGUGGUCAUUGGUGGGUGUGACAGAAAGGGGCUCCUGAAGCUGCCUUUCACAGAUGCUUACCACCCAGAGAGUCAGCGCUGGACCUCACUGCCUAGCCUGCCAGGUUACACACGCUCUGAAUUUGCCUCCUGUGCACUUCGAAAUGACAUUUACGUUUCCGGAGGUCACAUCAACAGCCGUGAUGUCUGGAUGUUUAGCUCCCAUCUGCACACCUGGAUCAAGGUUGCCUCCAUGCACAAGGGCAGGUGGAGGCACAAGAUGGUGGCCCUGCAGGGACAGCUUUUUGCAGUGGGUGGCUUCGAUGGCCUGCGGCGCCUGCGCAGCAUGGAGCGCUACGACCCGUUCUCCAACACCUGGGCUGCCACAGCGCCCCUGCCGGAAGCCGUGAGCUCUGCAGCGGUGGCGCCCUGCGCUGGCCAGCUCUACGUGAUUGGGGGUGCCGGGCAGGACGGUGUCAACACUGAUAAGGUGCAGUGCUUUGACCCCAAGGAGGACCAGUGGAGUCUGCGGUCACCAGCACCAUUCUUGCAGCGGUGUCUUGAGGCUGUCUCCCUGGAAGACACCAUUUAUGUAGUGGGAGGCCUCAUGAGUAAAAUUUUCACCUAUGACCCUGGCACGGAUGUCUGGGGAGAGGCAGCUGACCUGCCCAGCCCUGUGGAGAGCUGUGGCGUGACGGUGUGUGAUGGGAAGGUCCACAUCCUUGGCGGGCGGGACGAACACGGGGAAAGCACCAACAGUGUGUUCACCUUUGAUCCCAGCAGCGGGCAGGUGGAGGCCCAGCCAUCGCUGCAACGCUGCACCAGUUCUCAUGGCUGUGUCACCAUCGUCCAGAGCCUGGGCAGAUGA